UGAACACAACGUCACUUCCGGUCUUGCGCAGAAGCGACGGGAGACAACCAUGGCGACAGUGGCGGAGAAGUCAACGAAAGAGCGGUUGUUGUCUGUGUUGGACGAUUUGGAGGUUUUAUCUCGGGAGCUGAUAGAGAUGUUAGCUCUGUCCAGGAGCCAGAAACUGCCCCAGCCAGGAGAGGACGUCCAGAUCCUGGAGCUGCUGGUGCAGAGGGACAGGGAGUUCCAGGAGCUGAUGGAGGUGGCUCAGCAGCAGGGGAAGGUGCAUCAAGAGAUGCAGCUGUUGGAGAAGGAGGUGGAGAAAAGAGACAGCGACAUCCAGCAGCUCCAGAAGCAGCUGAAGGAGGCCGAACACAUCCUGGCCACUGCUGUUUACCAGGCGAAGGAGAAACUCAAAUCCAUUGACAAAGCCAGGAAAGGAAGUAUCUCAUCAGAAGAAAUCAUCAAAUACGCUCACAGAAUCAGUGCCAGUAACGCCGUGUGUGCUCCUCUCAACUGGGUACCAGGUGAUCCACGCCGACCCUACCCUACUGACCUGGAAAUGCGCAGUGGGAUGCUGGGUCACAUGGCCAACCUGCCGACCAACGGUGUGAACGGACAUCUGCCAGGUGACGCUCUGGCUGCUGGAAGGUUACCGGACGUCCUGACACCUCACUACCCCUGGCAGUCCUCGGACGUCUCCGUGGGGAUGCUGCCUCCUCACCACGGCAACGACUUCGGGCUCGAGCCUCCGGGUCACAACAAGGAGAAUGAGGACGACGUGGAGGCCAUGUCGACCGACUCCUCCAGCAGCAGCAGUGACUCCGACUGAACAUCAGGGACUGUGUGUGUGUGUGUGUGGGGUGAGGUCACCACUGAGAAACAGCCCAUCAAAUAUCUUCACCCUCCGUCUCUUCUCUACAGGAGUUGUGGAUUUAAUCGGCUGCCUCUGAUUCUCAGUGAUGGAGGAGCUGAUUCUUAAAGUGGAGGGAGAUUUAAAGUUGGAUAUAGCAGCUACAGUUUAUCAUUCAACCAUCAUUUCUAAUCAUUAUGUCAGCCGAGGUCUGGAGUUCCACAGUUUGUAAGAAAAGCCUUUAGUUUUCCAAAACAGACGCUGUGCUCUGGGUCCUGGUGGCCUUGAUGUUAAAGUUUUUAAGAAGUUAUCCUCAUCACUGUGAGUGAGUGAGUGAUGAUGAGUCGGCCUGUUCCCUCUCUGAUGAUCUGGGUCGUGUUUGGAGGAUUUCAGAGUUUGUACUGAGGGUUUAUGGGGGCAGGAGUGAGGGACUGUGUCAGGGUUCUCAGGAGUCCAUCAUCUUUUUUUUAAAGGAGUAGUUCCACAUUUUGGAAAAUACCUAGACUUACUCACUUCCUGCAACAGUUGGAAACAACUAAUCAGUAUUUUAUUAUACAUUAACCAGAAAUAUGUUUUAUUAAUGAAUUAUUCCUUUAAUAAAAUCAGAAUACUCAUAAAUGUAAUAAGAAUACUGCUAUGCAAAAUUAGCCACACCUACAUACCAGCACCUCUAAAGCUAACUGAUUAGCAUGUUCAUUUAUGACAUUAUAACUCCUGUAAAUCCACUUUAUGUUUUUGUACAGAUGAAACCAAUGACUUCUAACAUGUUCAUCAGUGAGCUUUAAAGGAGCUGGUGUUUAGACAGAGCCAGGCUAACUGUUUCCCUCUGUUUCCAGUCUUUAUGCUAAGCUAACCAGCUGCUGUACAGAUGUGAGAAUGGGGGUACAUUUAUUUCCCAAAAUGUUGAACUGUUCCUUUAAGAGCCUGUGUUUGCACCAGUUUUAGGGAGUGUUUUUUUGUGUACAUUGUUUACCUGCAGUUUAAACAAACUGCAGGUAAACAAACAACAAAUUAAACAAGAACUAAAGCUAACAAAGAUGAGGUUGUGUUCAGAGUUGGUCUUAAUACCCCUCCAUAAACCACAGUGGGGCAGAAACCAAACCUCACUCUUCAUGUGUGUGUGUGUGUGUGUGUGUGUGUGUGACCUGUAUGUUCUCAGUGUGGUGUAAUAACAAUAUGGACAGAUGCUGUUAAUUUACCUCUGUGUAAAUAAGCUUGUACAUACUGACCGCUGUAAAUAAAUCCUUUUUUUGAAUAGA